AUGACCGAGAUCUUGGCGAAUGGGACUGUGAUCUCCCCUCCUUUGCCUGUGACCGAGAAGAACGACACAUGGCUGUCGAGCGCGCUGGUUGUCUCGAGGGAAGCUGUUUUGGGACCAACAGCUCCCUACUAUCUCGACAGCACUACGGCGAAGCUCGUGGAUCUUCCUCCGAACGUCGCUUUCAUCUCCGUCUUGGGUCCCCGGUACUUGACACCUGGAUACGGCGGGGAGUGUCGAUUCGUCUUCGAUCCGCCCUUCAUCAUCCACGGCAUGAGCCGUUACGAGCUCUACUACUCGUACGCCAUAACGGGCAACCCAACAUUGGUGAACCAAUCCUACCCCGAUCGUGCUGUCAACUAUUCCACCCCUUAUCGGCCAAGUGAAUCAGACGAGCUGCCUGACGUGAUCCCGGACGUGCACCUCCUCAAUCAGCAGCUCGACCCGAACGUUCGCUACAAGUUCGCGAUCCUGAAUGGAUCGUCUGGUGACGGAGUCAUCGACCCGAUGGGCUACCCAAAUCGCAAUCGCAACUCGAGUGUGCCAAGCAUAUGCGACAUAACGAAAAUCCAAGUGUGGCAAAGCAUCCCGGAUCCGAGCAAACAAAAGAACGAGACGUCAUCCGCAAGUACAAGUUCCAGUCCAGUCGCCUCAGCCGGAGCUGAACCUACCACGACAGUGGGGACAGAAGGCAGCUCUGGCCUCAAAGCCAUGAGCUUAGGCGCAAUUGUGGGCACGGUCAUCGGUGCUGUUCUGGGCGGAGUCGUCCUCGGGGUCCUCGCAGAUUACUUCUUGAGGCGGCGUCGGCGAGGGAGACGUGGCGACCUGUUCGUCAUUGAGGAAGAGGAUAACGACACAUCGUACGCCGCACCCCCAGGGCCAUCUGACGAUGGCCCUCUGCUCGGUAUUCUCCCUGAAGAUCUCGAUCAACCAGGGGUCGCCAUACCGCUUCGAGGGGUGCGGCGGGAGGAAGACGCUGGUGCGCUACCCGGGGACCACAAUGAGCCUGCAGAGGAUGAGGCUUUGCCGCCGCUGUACAGAGAGGAGUGGAGAAUUGGGUCAGAUGGCAGAGUGGCUGGGACGGGCGCAGCCGGAGUUGCGGGCGGAGAGAUAGGCGCAUCGGCAAGUGAUGACAUGAAACGGAGACGGCCCGGUGGAUCUGGGGAGGGAAGCGUGUCUCACAGCCCUGCCUUCUCUCCCAUCACCGCCGAAGAGAUCAAGUUCUUGGGGAUGCCAGUCACCUCCGGCAUCGCGGGGCAAAGGACGAGACAUCAGGAAUGA